UCCGCGGGUCUCCCCCCUGCUGUGUGCGCGCGGGAUGCGGGCAUCGUAGGAUAUUAAAGCCUCUCGAUGGAAGACAUCUUCCAGCGAGCUGCUGCUGCUGCCGCUGCUGCUGCUGCUGCGAGAGAAGAAGAAGGAGAAGGAGAAGAAGAAGGAGAAGGAGAAGGAGGAGAAGAAGAAGGAGUGAAGCUCGUUCCCUUCCGCACCGAGAGAGGGACGCUGUUUCUACGCAUGAGGAUCUGAGGCACCGGGAAACAAGCUCCGGAACCGAGCCUUUCUGCACCAGACCCCGGGCAGCGGAGAGCUUUUGGACCUGAGGGGGUGAUGGAGUCCAGGAGGAGAGUACAUUAAUCACAAGAUUCCUCCUGAAGUGUGAGACUCUCUCUGGUCCUUCUCCAAUCUCUUCCUCCCGACCCCUCAGCUGACCCUACCUCCCCAAAGCAUCAUCAUGGGCACCGUGCUCUCUCUGUCGCCCAGCUACCGGAAGGCGGCGCUGUUUGAUGACGGCCCGGCGACGGUGGGACACUACACCGCGGUGCAGAACAGCAAAAACGCCAAAGAUGCCAAGGACAACACCUCCAACAACGCCGGGAAAUCCCUCAAACGUCCGUCCAUCAUCAGCGUGCUGCCAUGGAAACGCAUCGUGGCGGUGUCGGCGAAAAGGAAGGAAUCGAAAAAGCUGCAGGCGGAGGGCGGAGAUAACGGGAAAGGUAACUCUCCGGACGCCACGAUCACCGUGAGUUCGGCGUCUAAUAGCCUGAAGCUGAAGAAAUCCCAGUCGUGCGCGAAUCUGUCCUUGUUUUCCUCCGGCCCGGACGCAACGGCGAGCUCCACCAUCGCCAACGUUAAAGUCAGAGUCGCCCACCUGCCGGUUUCUAAAACCCUCGCCAACGUCAACGUAGCCUCCAGGAAGAGUUCCCACGCCGGGGUCCAGCCCUCCAACGCCACCGGGACGCCGAAACGGGUCAUCGUCCAGGCGUCCACCAGCGAGUUGAUGCGCAGCCUCGGAGAGUUCCUGUGCCGCCGCUGCUACCGUCUGAAGCGCCUGUCUCCGACGGACCCGGUGCUGUGGCUGCGGAGCGUCGACAGGUCUCUGCUCCUCCAGGGCUGGCAGGACCAAGGCUUCAUCACCCCGGCUAACGUGGUCUUCCUCUACAUGCUGUGCCGCGACGUGGUCUCCUCCGAGGUGGUCUCAGAGCGAGAGCUUCAGGCGUCGCUGCUCACCUGCCUCUACCUGUCCUACUCGUACAUGGGUAACGAGAUCUCGUACCCGCUGAAGCCCUUCCUGGUGGAGGCGGAGAGGAAGGAGCUCUUCUGGGACCGAUGCCUGGACAUCAUCGACAGGAUGAGCGGAAAGAUGCUUCAGAUCAACACCGACCCGCACUUCUUCACCCAGGUGUUCUCAGACCUGAAGAACGAGAGCAAGAAGGAGGAGGAGAAGACCAAGCUGCUCAUAGGCCUCGACCGAUAA